AUGACUGCUGAAUACGAAAAAGAACAUGCUCUGUUGAAUCAUAUAUUCUCUUUGCCAUCUGAAAAAUUGGAUGCAAUUCGUGGAGAACCCGAGUUGGUUUUGAAGGCUAUUGACGAUUAUCAAACAAGCGCACAGAUCCAUUACAUGGAUAUUGGCCAAGUUAAGGGUCGAAUCAUUAUUGACAAAAUCCAAGAAAAGAAACCCAAGGUUAUGGUGGAAUUAGGCGGAUACCUUGGCUAUUCUGCGAUUUUGUUUGGUAAAGAACUUUUGCAGGACCCUGCCGCCCAUUACUAUAGCCUGGAAGUCAAUUCUACCUUUGCUGGAAUGGCUUCCAAGUUGAUUGAUUUGGCAGGACUUUCUCACAAAGUGACGAUCCUCGUCAGCUCUGCAUCAGAAUCGUUAGUUACAUUACAAAAAGCAUUGCAAAAAGAAAUUCCAGGAUUCCACGCAUUUGAUUUUGUUUUCAUUGACCACUGGAAAGAUUUGUACGUUCCCGACUUGCGAGUGAUGGAAUCUUUGAAUCUAAUCGCUCCAGGAACUGUCUUGGUGGGCGACAACAUCUACAAACCAGGUGCCCCAGAAUAUGUCGAAUACAUUCAAGGCACUCCCGACUCCAAGCGUGAGCACAACGCCAAGGUUCGCAAUGUUAAUGGACACGACUUUGUUGGAAGAUGGGAUAUUUUGUACGACUCGAAAACCGUGCCUGUCGAGUUGGGAAAUAGAACGGAUGCCAUUGAAAUCACUCAUUGCACUGGGUACGCUGAAAAGUGA